AUUUAACUCAUCUACAGUAACCACUGUAUUAAACAGUAAUUCAUUUGUUUCAAAAUGGCUUAUACAGAAACAAAACCACGGGUACCAAUUGCUGCUAUGUAUACACCUCCAGGACCGUGCUACAGUCUACCAUCUCUUACAGGAGGAACCAGUCACGAUCCCAGAAGCGGUCAUAAUAAACAACCAGCCUACUCUUUUGGGGUUAAGCAUGGGAAAUUCGUCGACGAUUGCAGUCCAGGACCUUGUUAUCUACCCGAUUCAAAAAUAUCGAGAAGUGGAAAGGAUGGAACUCCACAUUAUUCUCUCUACAGUAGAAACCAGGGAGCUUCUACCUUUAAAACUCCUGGGGCAGGAGCUUACAGACCAGAAAACUCCGGACCCUCGUCUAAAUAUCACCACCCAGCUUACAGUUUUGGUAGCCGACCAAGAUACAGGAAAAAUGACAAUACUCCAGCAGCAAAUAACUACACUCUACCAGGUAUGACCGGAACCACCGUUUUAAGUGGUAAGAAACAAGCUCCAUGUUUUUCAUUACGUGGAAGACAGAAGACCGGUGCUUUCUCUGAAGAUCUUGCCAAAGCACCUGGACCAGGAACCUACAACACAGCCGAUCCAAACAACACCAAAUCAAAGGCACCAUUAUACAGUAUGACCAGUCGAAACAACAUGCCUGGUGAUACAACUAAGAAACCAGGACCAGGAGCUCACUCUCCUCAAAAUACGUGGACUCAUAAGAAGAAGAAUCCGGAGUACUCAUUUGGUGUUCGUCAUAGUCAAUACACAACUCCAUUGGUAGUUAAUGUCCUGGACUAAUCAUUUAUUACAAUUCAAUAUUUAUUCUAUUCAUCCUUGCUCAAUUCAAUUGCAAUUUUUCUUUAUCUUUAUACGUGUAUACUGUAAAUAAAACUAUAAAAU